AUGGAGCGAACACUGGCCCUCAGUCAUUUGCUCAAGGCUCAUCUCCCCAUUUGCUCUCAUCUCCUCCGCAAGGUGGCUGUGCUGCUCCCCGGACACAGCGGGGUGUUCAGGAGGCUUCGGGGGCCUGAGCUCCCUCUCCCACCCCCUCCAGCGUGGUCGCGAUGCGAUAUCGUGAAUAAGCCCCCCUCGCCGUCUGUCACUCCACGGCACGGCACCGCUCCAGCCCGAAAACGGUCCCGAGCCCCGGCUGCUGCCCCGCCGGGGAUGGAAUUCCGCCUGCCCCCUCCGCUGUGCGGGGCAGCCCGGGCACACCUCGGGCACACCUCGGGCACGGCCCCCGACCCCCGCGGUGCUGCGGCAGCGGGCGCGGAGGCACCGCCGGCGGGACGCGGCCCCGCUCGCCCUUACCUGAACUCCUCUGCGAGCCGCGGGCCAGCAAAGGCCACGAACGACCAGAAGAAGGCAACAACGACGAAAACGAGGACUAAACCCAAGCAAAGCCACAGCAGCAGCCCGCAAAGGCAGGAACGGCCGGGAACGCGGAGCGGCGGGAGGCGGGCGCAGCUCCCCCGGGAGGCGGGUGCGCGGCUGCGGAGCGCGGCCCCGCUCCCGUAG